CAACCCGUUCCGUAUCCCAGCCCACAAGCAACAAGGCAGCAUUGCCCGAGGACGAGGACGACACACCUCCACCAGCCGGUUUAUUUUGUUUUCAGCUUAUCAUGCUCACAACUUCGAUGCUUUCCCGUCCACCCUCGUAAAUCGACACCAUGCCAGCUCCGGGAGACCAGCACAGCGGUAUCGUCAACCCCUUCGAAGAGGCCAAGCCCCGUAUCUCGGAAUUCACCGCCGUCGAAAUCGCGACGCUGCAAGCGCGCCUCGAGAAACAGCUCGGCCCCGAGUACCUCUCCGCGCGCAGCGGCCCGUCCGGCCAAAAGGUCCACUACAUCGCCGCCGAGAAGUGCAUCGCCCUCGCCAAUGAGGUAUUCGGCUUCAACGGCUGGUCCUCGAGCAUCCAGAAUAUCCAGGUCGACUUCGUCGACGAGCACCCGCAAACCUUCAAGGUCUCGCUCGGCCUCUCCGUCAUCGUCCGCGUCACGCUGCGCGACGGCACGUUCCACGAGGACAUCGGGUACGGCCACAUCGAGAACUGCAAGGGCAAGGCCGCCGCCUUCGAGAAGGCGAAGAAGGAGGGGACCACCGACGCCUUGAAGCGCACGCUGCGGAACUUCGGCAACGUCCUCGGGAACUGCAUCUACGACAAGGAUUACCUGUCCAAGGUCACCAAGAUCAAGGUCGGCCCGGUCAGGUUUAACGAGGAGAACCUGCAUCGCCAUUCCGACUAUGCAAAGAAGGACACGCCUGUCGUGCUGAAGGCCGACCCCAAGAACCUCGUGGAGCGGAGUUCCGAGAAAACCAGCGCGGAUUGUAGGUUUGGUCCCAGCUGCAGCUACCGCAGGGCAUGCUGAUAGCUUACCUGUGUAGUCUCCGACGCGCUCGACGAAGAAUUCGGCGAUUUCGACAUGGCCGACUUCGGCGUCACCGAGGACGGGCACCCCGACGAAGUCGUCCUGUCGGCCUCUCACGAGACGAGUUCGGGCGAGAAGCCUCCAACCUUACCCGCCAGCGCCGGUGGCGCGGCGAACGCACCCAAGACUGCCCCUCGGCCGAUGCAGCCGCCGUCGCGACCCAAUCCCCCGCCGUCGCGGCCCGCCCCCGGGCCGAACCAGCCGCCUCAGC